GAACACACUGAACAUAGAACAGCUCUAAACAAUCAGUAGUUCUCUUGCAGAACGUGUGUCGUGUGGUUAAAAUGCUGUUCUAGUUUGUAUUUUGAUAUAUGAAAACAGUGUAAAUAUGGUAUUUUGAUUACAUCUAAACCAAGGUAGCCUUUCAUAUCUUCAAUUAAUAAACACACGUAAUGUGUUGAUCAAAAUAAAAACUAGAAAAACACAAAAUUUUUACUGCACUGCAUAUGUUUUGCAACAGAAAAGCCGACUGCUUGUUUAAUUCAAGUUUUCAAACGCCCCUUUUGCUAUCUGGCCGCCUUGCAGGUCAAUGUUUGAGAAACAGAGCAUCUUCCAGCUCACACCACACACUGAACCGUUAAAACAAUAUUUCAAAUUACCAAUCUUUGUACUGUAAUUACAUUCAUUUUUGUUUACAAAAUCCAAAAAUCAUUAUCCCUCCUCUUUGAAACAUAUCUGCAUCUCGGAAGCACAUUGUUCUCGAAGUGUCACAUCUCUCAUUCAUUAUUGAAGAUGUGUGUUUUCUAAUGCAAUUCCAUAUUUUUCGCAAUUGUGUUGAAUUUUCUGUACAUUCCCCCCCCCCCCCCCAACUUAACAAUGCAAGCUUUAAAGAAGUGAACCCCAUAAACAUCUUUGAUAGCACUUUUAAUACUUAAAUUUUUUCCUCUUUAACUGCAGCUGCUAAGCAGAACCCCCUUGUCUGAUGCCAUGGACAGUGUGAAUAUGGAAUCUGUCCUGAUUAAAGAGGAGCUUCCUGAAUCUGAACUGGUCCUCAAUAGAAUGGAGCUCUCUGGACUGGCUUCCCUCCCCAUUAACCAGGAGCUCUGUGAGAUACCAUGUGACAGUUUCAACCCAGAGGUGCUUGCUGGGAUUAAAGCUGAGUGCAAUGAACUGGUGAUCUCCCAGGCAGAAGAAUUAGUUCCUCUUAACCAGGAGCUCUCUGAGAUGCCAUGUGACAGUAUCGACCCAGAGGUGCUUGCUGGGAUUAAAGAUGAGUGCAGUGAAUUGGAGAUCUCCCAGGCAGAAGAAUUAGUUCCUAUUAAAGCAGAAGCGCCGGAAAUUGAGGAUUUUAAACUGGAGCCCUGGGAAGUGGAGUUUGAACGCUUGGAACCAGGGAGGGAAGAAUGUUCCAGUUCAGCAGCUAAAGUGAGGGUGGGCGGUCACUCCACUGAUUUAAAGAGUUUCAGUGAGUUAGGACACCUUACAACACACAAGCGAAUUCACACACGAGAGAAACCACAUCGCUGCUCUGACUGUGGGAAGAGUUUCAGUAAGUCAGAAGACCUUGAGUCACACCAACAAAUUCACACAGAAGAUAAAACAUAUCACUGCUCUGACUGUGGGAAGAAUUUCAGUCGGUUAGGAUCCUUUGUAAAUCACAAGAGAAUUCACAGUGGAGAGAAAAGAUAUUGCUGCUCUGACUGUGGGAAAAGUUUUUCUAAGUCAUCACAACUUUCAUGUCACAAGCGAAUUCACACAGGAGAGAAAUCAUAUAGCUGCUCUGACUGUGGGAAGAGUUUCCGUCACUCAGGAAACCUUGUAACUCACAAGAGAAUUCACACCGGAGAGAAACCGUAUUGCUGCUCUGACUGUGGGAAGUGUUUCAGGGAGUCAAACCAACUUGUUACGCACCAGCGAAUUCACACCGGAGAGAAACCGUAUUGCUGCUCUGACUGUGGGAAGAGUUUCAGUCACUCAGGAUCUCUUGUUGCACACCAGCGAAUUCACACCGGAGAGAAACCAUAUUACUGCUCUGACUGUGGGAAGAGUUUCAGUCACUCAGGAACCCUUAUUUCACACCAGCGAAUUCACACAGGAGAAAAACCAUAUCACUGCUCUGACUGUGGGAAAAGUUUCCGUGAGCCAGGAAGCCUUAUUGUUCACAAGCGAAUUCACACAGGAGAGAAACCAUAUUCCUGCUCUAACUGUGGGAAGAGUUUCAAUCGCUCAGAAAGCCUUGUUUUACAUCAGCGAGUUCACACAGGAGAGAAACCAUAUAAUUGCUCUGACUGUGGGAAGAGUUUCCGUUUGUCAGAACAACUUGUAAAACACCAGCGAAUUCACACAGGAGAAAAACCAUAUCACUGUUCUGAGUGCGGGAGGAGCUUCAGUCAGUCAGGAACUCUUAUUUCACACCAGCGAAUUCAUACAAGAAAUAAAACAAAAAAACCCUGAAAUUUCAAUGAUAUUAAAAAAAACUUUCACUAGUUUUACUCAGAAGAGCAGCUUCCCAGUGUUUCAGUGCAGCAGCAUGAUGACCACAGUUUGUGUCCGAAACAAGGAGACACUCCCUGAAAACUCUUUAAUUGGAAAAAAAACACUCACAAAAGUACCCAGAUAGCCUACGAUGAUGUGCCGAUUCUGGCUGUAGAGUGCCAUAGUCGGCUCGCUGUCGCAGCGGCAAGUAGCAAUUGGGCCAAUGGUGGCGCGAUGCCAUUGCCAUCGUUAAAAUUAUUAUUUUUUUUUUUUUUAUCAAU